CGAGAGAGACAAGGAAGGACCGCACCAUACAGUCUCAGAGAUCGGUUUCUGUAAGAGUCCACUACGUGAGAUGAGAUCUGUACUCUCUCUCUCUCUACCAGUGUUUCUCUAUGGUCAUUCCACCGUGAAUGGUCACUAACAUACAGCUCAUUGAGAAUCUACUGUUGUAGGGAAGACUCGGAGAGUCCAGCCUCUUCAGACCAGACUUGAUGGGAACAUACUGUUUGGAAAGAGUGGAUGACAGAUUACGUGGACUGUUAGAACAAUUAAUCUCACAGGUGAGACAGGGAGAGACUCUGAGAAGAUGAUAGCAUACGUGGACUGUCUGUCCACCGAGCCGGUGGUAGGAGGAGGCGUGGGGGCUCAAUGCUGGAAGGGGGGCUUCAGCGAGGAUGAGGACGAGCUGCUUCCGGCCUGCUCGAAAGAUGUUCAAAAGAUGCUUUACCUGCAGCCCAAGAGCGAGGGCAGUCUGAGACGUCGGCUGCUCACCUCCAAGAUCCACCAGCAACGAGACGGACCGUGGGCGUCCAAGCCACUCGCCCGGGGACAACCGGACAACAAGGGCCUCCAGGGGCCACUACACAGACAGGACUUCCCCUACCCUGGCCCCAGCCCCCCCGGCCUGGUGCGCCACCAUCGAGCAGGCUACUCCUCCAGGGGCUCCCGGCAGCACACGCAUGGCCACUGCCUGACCCAGCUACGGAAGACCAGCUACUCUCCCCCCACACCCGACCAUCAUCCUGGGUACAGCUUCCCCCCACCACCUCUUUCUCCUCCAGGAGCAGCCAGCUACAGUCACACUGGACCUUCAGGAUACCCAAACUCUGGACUCCAAGGCUACCCUCAUCGUGGAUCUGCUGGGUACCCCAACUCUAACCCAAGACACUGUAAGCCAGCCUACAACACCACCCCCAUUAGCAGCCUUAACCCAGGACACUAUAACCCAGCCUACAACACCACCCCCAGCAGCAGCCCUAACCCAGGACACUGUAACCCAGCCUACAACACCAACCCCAGCAGCAACCCUAACCCAGGACACUAUAACCCAGCCUACAACACCAACCCCAGCAGCAACCCUAACCCAGGAUGCCAAAACACUGCCCAAGGACACAGCAACACUUACCUCAGCUCUGGGUUUGCUCCCCCAAGACUGGGAUACGGCCCUCCCUCCCUCCCAGGACCAGGCUUCAGCUCUGGGUUUGCUCCCCCAAGACUGGGAUACGGCCCUCCCUCCCUCCCAGGACCAGGCUUCAGCUCUGGGUUCGCUCCCCAGUCCCAGCCCAGCCUCCCCACUCCACCACCCAAGCAGAGAAAGAGGUUCUAUAACCUGCUCCGACGGCGCAGCUACAACACCAGCCAGAUCCCCUUCUCACACACCCCCCUCUUACACACACCCAAACGUCAAGACUGGAGAGCUGUCAGACUGGAUGAGGACAAAAAGUGGUCGGUACACUACACUUCCCAGAAGCCUCAGCAGGAAACACGGCCCUCUUGUGUGGAUGACCGCCGCACCGUACUCAGAGAGUGCAGCAAGAAGCUCAGGAGAGUUGGGUAUGGCAGUUCACAGUACUUCUCCCAAAACCCUGCAUACCUCAGCCCCAGCCUAUCAGAGAACAGGCUGCAUGAUGACAUGGGCAGGAACGACAGACACCGGAAAAAGCGGUCUAAGCUGCUGGACUGUCUGUCUCAGUCCUGCUUCUCUGUCUGCUGGAGGAGAAAGUCAACCGGGUCAUCGCCAGAUGAGGACCUGUCGGCAUAUUCAUUCAGGACACCACCGAGCCCCCCUCCAAACAGUUACGAAACCAUCGAUGACACAGUUAACGGGUGUGACAUCACGGCGAACAGCUGUGACCUCACAGUUGCCGAGGAGACGGACUGGACUAAGCCCCUCCCUCUGCCGACACCAGAGGAGAAGAUGAGGCAGCAGGCGCAGGCCAUCGCCGCUGAAAUAGUACCCAUCAACAUCACUGGUGAGGGUUUUGAGCGUCAGGCUAGUUUCCGGCGAGCGUUAGCCAACACAGACACUCUGAUCCGUCAACCCCGGAACAAACUCACACGCCGCAAGACCAUCGCCGGAAUACCUGAUGACAUCACCAGAGAUCUGGAACAUGAAGCUGAUGAAGAGGCAGGGUGUGGUGGAUCAGUGGUUUUGCCUGGUCAGUACUCUACUCUGGGCCGAACCGGCAGUGUCAACACAGCCCUGCUACAGCGUUCUCUCGCACAAGGCCCACACACCCAAUCACUCACGCCCUCACACACCCAGGAGGCCGACCUGUUGGAGGAAAGGAGAGAGGAGGAAAGGGAGGAGAGGAGAGUGGAGGAGAGGAGAAAAGAGGAAAGGGAGGAGGAGAGGAGAAUGGACGAGAGGAGAGAGGAGGAAAGGGAGGAGGAGAGGAGAAUGGACGAGAGGAGAGAGGAGGAAAGGGAGGAGGAGAGGAGAGUGAUGAAGCCGUCAGUGCGUCGGAUCCGAGCCCAGAGAGGACAGGGUAUCUCUUCUCUGAUGGCCUCUCUCACCCCGACCCUCACUCCUAACCCCUCCCUCACGCCUUACCUCAGCCUCACCUCGACCCUCACUCCUAACCCCUCCCUCACGCCUUACCUCAGCCUCACCCCCUCCUCAUCCAUGGGCAGUGUCUCGCUGGGGGGUGAAGAUGGAGGAGAGGGGUUCCACAGCCUCCCCUGUCAGGAUGUCCUGUCCUCCCUGAGCUCUGAGAGCAGCUGCCUCAGCACCCCCUACAGGACAUUCUGCAGCAUGGCAUCCUGCUCUAUGGAUCAUGAAUUCCUGAGCCAGUCAGGGGAGGGUCGGAGCAGAAGAUUCCCAAGUCAGAGCACCUUACUGGGGGAGGACUGGAGCUACGAGCCCCUCUUACCCUCCAGCCGCUCCUCCCCCCUUCAUCCUUUCACCUCCAUUUCCUCCUCUUGUCAGACCGACUACAGCUGCUCCGAGUCCCACGGCCAUGAUAACGCUACCGGCAGCAACCGCAGUCCCCACGGUAACCGGGACCACCGCGGUCUCCAUGGACACUGCCGUAACCUGUCAGGCAGUAUCUCUCUGAGGAAGUCAAAGAGGCCUCCCGCUCCCCCCACGCGCUCCACCUCACUACGGUUUAAACCUGGCCGGGGGAAAACGCUGCGCUACAACUACAACAACCACACUGCUGGACCUGGAGAAGAGGUGGUCACAAAGGGGAGUCUGACCUCCAGCCCUGCUCCCCUCUCCCCUCCACUCUCUCCAGGGGUGUUCGAGGACCCAUGGGUCCCCCGCUGUAGCAGUGUGGGCAGGGGGGGCAGGGCAGGUGCUGAAACAGACAGUCAGAUCAACCAUCCCUUCCACAGCUUCCACCAACAGCCUGGUCAGGAUCAAAACUACCCUUCUAGCCCGUCCCACCAGCAGCCAUCUGUCCCCCGCUCAGCCAGUGCUGGAGGGGGGAGCCUGCUGGUGGGACCUAAAAUGGCUGCCUCUUCUCCUAAAAUGUCCGCCACGGCAGGGAGUCUCCAGCGGCUGGCCUCUUCCACCUCGAGCGGAUACUCCAGCGAGUGCAACACCCCAACCCUCUCCUCACCCCUCACAUCCCCUUCACCCCUCACACCCUCCUCACCCCAAACACACUCCUCAUCCCUCAUCUCCUCCUCCUCCCUCCACCUCACCUCCUCUUCCUCCCUUCCCAGGACACGUUCUAGCCCAGGGGGAGGAGGGCCAAGACCCCCCAUCCCAGAGAGAAAGUCCUCUCUCCUCUCCUCCCCCUUCUCCUCCUUUUCCUCUACCUCUUCCCUCUCUUCCUACACCUCCUCCGACUCCAGAUAUCCCUCUCUCCCCCCUCCUCCUCCCCUGCCCGGCUCCAGCAUUCUUCCCUGUCUACCUCCACCCUACCCUACCCAAUCACUCCCCUCUCCUCUCCCUGAUCUGUGCAUCUCUCACCAUCUUCCCUCUCCACCUCCUCUACCUCAGCCAUUCCUCCCCUCUCCCCCUCCUCUACCCCAGCCAUCCCUCCCCUCUCCCUCUCCCCCUCCUCUACCUCAGCCAUCCCUCCCCUCUCCCCCUCCUCUCCUUCAACAAUCCCUCCCCUAUCCCACUCCUCUACCUCAGCCAUCCCUCCCCUCUCCCCCUCCUCUACCUCAACAAUUCCUCCCCUCUCCCCCUCCUCUACCUCAGCCAUCCCUCCCCUCUCCCCCUCCUCUACCUCAACAAUUCCUCCCCUCUCCCCGUCCUCUACCCCAGCCAUCCCUCCCCUCUCCCCGUCCUCUACCUCAACCAUCCCUCCCCUCUCCCCCUCCUCUACCUCAACAAUUCCUCCCCUCUCCCCCUCCUCUACCCCAGCCAUCCCUCCCCCCAUCCCUCCCCUCUCCCUCUCCCCGUCCUCUACCCCAGCCAUCCCUCCCCUCUCCCUCUCCCCGUCCUCUACCCCAGCCAUCCCUCCCCUCUCCCUCUCCCCGUCCUCUACCCCAGCCAUCCCUCCCCUCUCCCUCUCCCCCACCUUCUCCCCCUUCCCCCCCGCCUCCCCUGCAUGCUUGUGCAGUGCGACAGACUCAACCCCGCCCCUUCUUUUCACCUAUUACACCUGCCAGUCAGGUGACCUCAUUGCUAGGAUUCCCUCCUCAUCCUUCCCCUGAGCUCACAGAGGUUUCAGACCUGUCAAUCAACAGCCCUCCUCAUCUUCCUCCUCUUCCCGCUCAUCCACCACCUCCUCCCUCUUACACCCCCACUCCCCGGCCCCUGGUAACAACCCAAGCCCUUCAGAGAGUCACUCUGUGCUCUACCAAGAGGCUAAACAGCCCUCCAUCAUCUAAUAUUGAGCAAAGCCAAGAAAGCAAUAACGCUACCCCAACUAGCAUUAUGCUAACCAACCACACAUCAACUAAUAUUGAGCAGAGCCAAGACAUCAAUGAUGCUACUCUAACUAGCAUUAUGCUAACCAACCAUACAUCAGCUAAUGUUGAGUAUAGCCAAGACAUCAAUGAUGCUACUCUAACUAGCAUUAUGCUAACCCACCAUACAUCAGAUAAUGUUGAGCAUAGCCAAGACAGCAAUGGUGCUACUCUAACUAGCAGUAUGCUAACCAAUGCUAAGUCAACCAAUGAUGCCCAGCAUAUUGCAAAGAGCACAGAAGCCAAGCUAAAUGGCAUAACGCUAACCAGCGCCCAGGAGCGAGGGGCGGGCAUGGAUACCAAACUAACCAGCACUGUGUUAGAGAGUGUGGGAAGGAUUGAUGCCAUGCUUACUGAGGCUGAAGAGAGAACCCCAAAUAAGCCUGUUGUUCUCUCUAGGCCACUGAGAACAGUAUUUCAAAGUUCUAGCCCUGCUGCUGAAAACACACUACAGAACGGAGAACCUACGCCUCGGCAGGAGACCACACCCUGCCUCUCCAACGGCCAACCAGAGUACUCAGCGUGGGCAUACACACCCACACACUCCCCUGCUACCCCCUCCUCCUCCUCCCCCCACAGACAGAAGCUUCCCGUUGCCCUGAAGAAGCCCACGAUCAUGCCCCCGCCCUUGCUGAGGACACACCAGACAGACACACCACCACCACCCCCACACGUAUUGAUAGGUACAUCUCCAGAGCCCUUCGUCCCAGAGACACCACACUUACUGGGGAUAAACCUGUACAGGCCAGAGAUACAGACCCAGCCAGAGAUACAGACCCAGACAGAGUCUCAACCAGAGCCAGAGACAGCAUACCCCUUCCUGAAGUUCUACCAGUCACAGUACUGUGUACCAGAGUUACCACCAAGCCCCUAUCCUUCAGAACCCUGUGUAGCAGAGUUACCACCAAGCCCCUAUCCUUCAGAACCCUGUGUACCAGAGUUACCACCAAGCCCCUAUCCUCCAGAACCCUGUGUACCAGAGUUACCACCAAGCCCCUAUCCUUCAGAACCCUGUGUACCAGAGUUACCACCAAGCCCCUAUCCUUCAGAACCCUGUGUACCAGAGUUACCACCAAGCCCCUAUCCUUCAGAACCCUGUGUAGCAGAGUUACCACCAAGCCCCUAUCCUUCAGAACCCUGUGUACCAGAGUUACCAACAAGCCCCUAUCCUUCAGAACCCUGUGUAGCAGAGUUACCACCAAGCCCCUAUCCUUCAGAACCCUGUGUAGCAGAGUUACCACCAAGCCCCUAUCCUUCAGAACCCUGUGUACCAGAGUUACCACCAAGCCCCUAUCCUCCAGAACCCUGUGUACCAGAGUUACCACCAAGCCCCUAUCCUUCAGAACCCUGUGUAGCAGAGUUACCACCAAGCCCCUAUCCUUCAGAACCCUGUGUACCAGAGUUACCACCAAGCCCCUGUCCUCCAGCACCCUGUAUAGCAGAGCCAAAGCAGGAGUCCUGCCCACUGGAGAUGAUGACAGAGACAGAGAGAGAGGACGAGACUGCGAGUGAGACAGACACAGAGGCAGAGGCAGACACAGAGAUAGAGGCAGAGACAGAGAGAAAGGCAGACACUGAGACAGAGGCAGAGUUAGAGAGAGAGACAGACACAGAGAACGAGGCAGACACAGAGGCAGAGAGAGAGGCAGACACUGAGAGAGAAGCAGUUCCCAGACAGCCACAGAGUGUAUCGGUGCCAUACACAGAGCUGGGGAGAUCAGAACCAGAGGAAAUGUGGGUGCUGCAGGAGGAAGAAGAGAAGGAGGAGAGAAAAAAUUGGCAGAAGCUGGGGAGAAGAGAUGAGGAGGGUGAAGAGGAAGACAGACGGAGGGGAGCGAUGGAGGAGGACAGCAAUGAUUUUGAAAGCUUCUCUCUGGAAGAGAGGAGAGACUCUCUGAGCAGUCCUCUGUCUACGGACAGCCUGAAAGGGGCGCUACUCCUGCCAGAUCUGUUCAUCCAAGAGGACGAGGGGGAACUGGGGGGAGAGAGGGUGGAGUGGGAGGAGAGGAAGGAGUGGGAGAAGAGGGAGGAGAGGUGCAGCCUGGACACAGAUGGGGCCAGCAGCUCCACAGGGUCCCUGACCUCCAGAGAAGACAAUGGUGAGGUGUUUGAUAUUUCUUCAGCGGAGAAGAUGGUGACACCAGCACCACCACGGACGACUGAAGACCUGUUUGCUGCCAUACACAGGUCUAAGAGGAAAGUUCUUGGGCGCAGGAACUCUGAGGAAGACCGAUGCUGUGUCUUUCCCCUCUCCUCCUCCUCUUCUUUCUCCUCCACUCCUCCAGUGACCCCUCCAAGCCCUAGCCCCGCCCUUCUGCAACCUCUUGAGGUGUUUGGAUCCAGUAAGGUGAGAGGUCAUAGGUUAGGGGUCAGCAGCAGCAGUGACAGCUUUAAGGCUCUGCUCCUGAGGAAGGGAAGUCGCUGCGACCCUGUAGCUCGCAUGUCUGCAGCCGAGAGACUCCGCAGUACUGCCCCCAAACACAUGAUGGCGACACCACAUAGCCAGUGCUCACAGAGUCAGAGCUCAUGGAGCCAGAGCUCACAGAGUCAAAGCUCACAGAGCUCACAGAGUCAGAGCUCAUGGAGCUCACCAAGCCAGAGCUCACAGAGCCAGAGCUCACAGAGCCUGUGCUCACAGAACCAGCAUUCACAGAGCUCACAGAGUCAGAGCUCACGGAGCUCACCAAGCCAGAGCUCACAGAGCCAGAGCUCACAGAGCCAGAGCUCACAGAGCCAGAGCUCACAGAGCCAGCACUCACAGAGCUCACAGAGUCAGAGCUCACGGAGCUCACCAAGCCAGAGCUCACAGAGCCAGAGCUCACAGAGCCAGAGCUCACAGAGCCAGCACUCACAGAGCUCACAGAGUCAGAGCUCACGGAGCUCACCAAGACAGAGCUCACAGAGCCAUCCCCUGUCAGACAUACACCUGCAGCUUGGAGUGGAGUCACAUACUCACACCCCUCAGUCCUUUGCACCAACACACACAGUCCAGCUAAUGACGCUACACCUACCCCAGUCCCAGUCCACACACAGACACAGGAGGAGGGCAGAGUGGGCACUCACUGAGGGCACGCUCCCUCUCUCCUCCCUGUCCUCCCCCACAUACCCCUCCCCCUCUCUUUGGGGGUGGCGACCCCCCCGCUCCCGCACUCCCCCUUGCUCAGCCAGCCGGCGUUUCGCUGCCCGCAGCCGACUACCCAGCAGCCCCAUGACUGCCAUCUCGGAGCGGGAAGGGGAGGGCGAAUCAAUGGAGGGCGAUGGGUUGGCCGUGACCAUCGGACUGGGCUGCGAUUCCUGCAAGACUUUUGGAUUGGUCAAGCUCACUGACGGACGUGCCGAGGCCACCAAUGGCAGCCUUGAUUGGCAGCAGAGCAGGUCUAUGGAGACACACACCGUCUUGUGGGUCGGCUAGAGCACCAGACUGGUGAAUCGCUGUCCUACUCAUAUACCCAGGACAGAGGCUUCAGUCCAGGAUCUAGGAGACUUUAUGUAUCCUCUACCCAGGGGGAAAUUGUUGGAAGUCAAACACUGUUGAAAAGAAAACCUACCAGCCACCAGACUGGCUAUUGUACAGGACAGUGGAGGCUGGUGAGCACAGCAAUAGGAGGAUGGGCUCGUUGUAACGGCUGGAAUGGAAUUAGUGGAGCGGAGUCAAACGUGUUUUUCCAUAUGGUUCAUGUGUUUGAUACCAUUCGAUUUAUUUCAUUCCCGGUAUUACAAUGAGUCCGUCCUCCUCUCGCUCCUUCCACCAGCCUCCACUGGUACAAGAUGAUUGUCUCUGUUAAUAGAUUAUUGGGUAACAUGAAUGUUGUUGUUUUCCUCUGACCUGUUGUUUCAGUCUCGUAUCUAGUUUUAGUAUGCAGCAGUAGCCAUUUUGAGAUUAAGAAAAGCAACAUUACAGUAUUAUAUUAUUAAAAUAUAUAUAUAUUAAAAAAAAAAUAUUUUGAGGUUUCAGUUACCAAAGACAAACUGUCCCUCCCAGUGAAGCAAACUGCUGCAGUGGGCAUGUCUGAGAAUGUCUCUUUUGAUUGUGAUUGGCUUGUUGUUUGGAAUCAUGAUUGUGAUUGGAGGAAUGCAUUCUGCUAAAGUUACCCUAUAUUUAUAUUAUUUGAUACUUAAAUCCUCUUUGAAACAAAUCAACAUAUUUAGCAGAUGUUAUUGCGGGUGUAGUGAAAUGCUUGUUUUUCCUACUGUAGCUCCGACAGUGCAGUAAUAUCUAACAAUUUACAACAAAACACACAAAUCUAAAAGUAAAAUAAUAAAAUAUAGAAAUAUUUCAUUUAUUAAAUCAUCUUAUUUAGUUUUUUGACAUAAUUUGAUUUGAGUCUUUUUUGUAAAUGUAGUACUUCACUUCCCUCAUCUCAUUAUAAAGUAUCUUCUGUCUCAUUUAUUUUUUCUUUACCUUUUAUACAUUUUUAUAACAGUUGGUUUUGUGUUCUGUGAGUUUUCAAGUGUAUUUUAUUUGAGAACUGUGAAGACAAUGGAGUCCCAUUUUAUAUAGGUUUUCUGGAUUAUUCCUGGUGCUAGAUAUGGGUUUAGGGCUUAGAGGUUAGAGGUUAAAGUGUGUACAGACUGUGUUUAGAUGACAGAUGUGACAUAUCUAUAAGGAUGAAAUCAGAUGAACGAUAGACAGAGAUUAGAGGUUGAGUGGUUAUGGGGGAAGGAUAGAUAGAAGGACAGGGUCAUGUAAAAGAUGGAGAGAGAGAGAGAGAGAGAGAGAGAGAGAGAGAGAGAGAGAGAGAGAGAGAGAGAGAGAGAGAGAGAGAGAGAGAGAGAGAGAGAGAGAGAGAGAGAGAGAGAGAGAGAGAGAGAGAGAGAGAGAGAGAGAGAGAGAAGGGGCAGAGUGUGAGGUGAAAAAGAGUAAGAGAGAGAGAGACUGAUGUACAGACUGAUGUACAGACUGAGGAGAAGGCGUAAUGAGUUGAAUAAAGUAUAU